GCCUCUGACCCUGCAACAUCGAAAGGGAACCAGGCGAAGCGCUGGCGGCUCCGCAGUUACUGAGUAGCCAGAACCGCGCUGGCAGCGCCUGGACGGUGGCUGCGCACCCACCCGCGGAGAGAGGAGGAGGAGGAGAGCCCGUGGCUCUUAGCCAGAGCUCCCAGUCCCUGCUCAGUUGACGGGCAGGUGUCGAUAAGACAGGUCAGAUGUAAAGAAGACAAAGCCAGGUAAGGGAGUAUGAAAAUGUCACAGUGGAAAAUGAACUUUGCUUGCUGCAAUAACAUGACAUCUUUUUCUCUCAAAAAUCCAUAGUUCCUGCUGGGGGUAGGCCUUAGGACACAGGAUAGGUGCGUUCUGUUUCCUCUGGAGAUGCGCCAUGCUUUGUCCCUACAUUAAGAACAGCUCUUGUGGGUUUGUACUAAAGAUUUUCUGACUAGACUAUAAACUGUGUGGAUUCUACCAUGACUGUUCUGCAGAACUAGCAGGUGACAACCCAACCAAGGAAGGACUGUGUGGCAAAUCGAAGAAAAGCUGCUUCUACUUAUCUUGUAGCAGAUUUACAAUUUUAAAGCCACAUGAAGGGUUCGAUUCACCUGAGUGGCCGCUGGCUGAGGCCCAGGGCUCACUGUUUAAGCUUUACAGGAACUACAUUACUCUGCUACAGACCAGAGUCCUGCUGGAAACACGCCGCUGCAUGAGUACAGCUCCCCUGCACACCGACCAGCUCACAUCCAGCCGAGGGUUUAUUGCUGAAACACGCCUCAUGGCUCCCACUAGCCAGGCAGCUUGGACCUCUGAGCUCUGGAGUAGCACCCGUGUUUGAGAUAGCAGCAGCCCUUGUCCUGUGCUGCCUUCCAUAGCCAUGCAACUCCUCUCUGGCCUGGACUGCAACCACUCCAUAACUUUUAAAUUUGAUUUAUUUGUAGGUCUUUUGAUGUGAAUCUUCAUGCUGUGCUUCAUGUUUCCCAGAUCGUGGCUCGGCAGAUGAUUGCCCAAGGCGUGCCAGGUGCCAUUGUCAACGUCUCGAGCCAGGCGUCUCAGCGCGCUCUGCGGGAUCACGCUGUGUACUGUUCCACAAAAAGUGCUUUGGAUAUGCUGACCAAGGUAAUGGCAUUGGAACUGGGACCCCACAAGAUUAGGGUGAACACUGUGAACCCCACGGUGGUUAUGACUGAUAUGGGGAGAAUUAACUGGAGUGACCCUCAGAAAUCUGCUGCCAUGAUUAAUCGGAUCCCGUUGGGGAAGUUUGCAGAGGUGGAUGAUGUGGUGAACAGCAUUCUCUUCCUGCUGAGUGACAGGAGUGCUAUGACAACUGGCAGCUCACUGGUGGUUGACGGGGGAUUUCUCGUCUCCUAAGAUGACACCUGCACUUCACACCUGGCCUUAACCUUCACACUAGUACUGCAUAGAUGUAAACUGGAUAGAAAACAAUGACACAGACCCAGUCUUGCUGGAGAAGAGGGGCAGCAGGGCUGGAACCUGUAUGAGAAGUGAGGCAGAUUACCUUUAGAAGCUGCUAUAUAAUAAAGCUCACAUACGCCGUCA